ACUAGCUAGCUCGAAGUCGCUGUACUUACGUGGAUGUGUACGGGGAUUGACGCUUUAGCUAGAUACAUUGUCAUCUAGCAAUCAAUUUUUCUGCUUGUGUUCUGUGUGGUUUAGUAAGUUAAAUGUCGAAUAUCUUAAAAUAAACUAAUUUAGCUAACGUUAGAUCAUAGUUAACGUUACCGGACGUUAGUUAGAUAAAUUAACGAGGUUAGACUAAUUUGAACGUUACUGUCUGUACCCAGUAUGAAAAUCAAGUAGAAUGGAAUAGCCAAAGAGGGCUAGUUGGCUAUCAUAUUUGCUAACGUUCGUUUUAGUUAUCACAAUUUUCGUUUGGAUGGUAUGUGGUUAAUGUUAGGUAUACAAUGCACGUACUUAGUUAGCUUACCACUACCAACUAACGUUAGUGCAGUUAGCUAGCUAACGUUACAGAUAUCGGGUAAUUGUUCAAACCAAUAACCACUGCUGAAAAUGGAUUUAUGCUAGCUAGCUACAGCUUGUUUGUAGCUAGCUAGCAAGAUCAGUUAGUUUGUGACUUCAAUGAUUUAUUGAAACAAAUGUUUGAACGUGCUAACCACAGUAUCAACACGAGGACAAGUUGUUUGAGAAAGUAUUAUAGGGAUGCCCAAGGAAAAAUAUGAUCCGCCAGACCCAAGGCGGAUGUACACAAUAAUGUCCACUGAGGAGGCAGCCAAUGGGAAGAAGUCAUACUGGGCUGAGCUCGAAAUUAGUGGUAAAGUGAGGAGUCUGAGCACCUCAUUAUGGACGUUGACUCACCUCACUGCUCUUCACAUCGGCGAUAACUCCCUCUCUCGUAUCCCACCCGAUAUUGCCAAACUUCAAAACCUGGUGUACCUGGACCUCUCAUCCAACAAGAUCAGGAGCCUGCCCGCCGAGUUUGGCAACAUGGUGUCUCUCAGGGAACUUCUUUUAAACAAUAACCAGUUGCGGGUUCUACCUUUUGAGCUUGGAAAACUGUUUAAGUUACAAACACUGGGGUUAAAAGGAAACCCACUUGCACAAGAAAUAUUGAACCUCUACCAGGAGCAUGAUGGCACGAGGAAACUGCUCAACUACCUUCUGGACAAUCUGGCAGGGACCAAACGAGUCAACUCCGAGCAACCCCCACCCAGAUCAUGGAUUGUCAUGGCCGAGCCUGACCGGGCACGAACAGCAGCCUUGUUUUCUGUGAUGUGCUACAACGUGCUGUGUGAUAAGUAUGCCACGCGCCAGCUCUACGGCUACUGCCCCUCCUGGGCCCUUAACUGGGAGUACAGGAAGAAGUCCAUCAUGCAGGAGAUCAUGAAUUGCAACGCUGACAUCAUUAGCCUACAGGAAGUGGAAACAGAGCAGUACUACAACUACUUCCUACCGGAGCUAAAGGACCAUGGUUACGAAGGCUUUUUCAGUCCCAAGUCCCGUGCCAGGACCAUGUCCGAGUGUGACCGCAAGCAUGUGGACGGCUGCGCCAUAUUUUACAGAACCGAAAAGUUCAGCCUGGUGCAGAAACACACGGUGGAGUUCAACCAGCUGGCUAUGGCGAACUCUGAGGGCUCAGAGGCCAUGCUCAACAGAGUCAUGACCAAGGACAACAUUGGUGUGGCCGCUCUUCUAGAGGUGCGCAAGGAGAUGAUGGAGCAGUCUGUGGGGAAGUCUCUGCACGGCAUGGAGAAACAGCUCCUCCUGGUGGCCAACGCCCAUAUGCACUGGGACCCGGCGUACUCCGACGUCAAGGUGGUCCAGACCGUCAUGUUCCUGUCUGAGGUGAAAAACAUAGUGGAGAAGGCCACGCGCAGCCUCAAGCUCUCCUCAGUCUCCGGGGAGACAAAUGCCGUCCCACUCGUCCUGUGUGCUGACCUCAACUCACUGCCCGACUCUGGUGUGGUGGAGUACCUGAGCUCGGGCGGAGUGGACAGCACCCACAAGGACUUCAAGGAGCUUCGCUACAUCGACAGCCUGACCAACUUCAACUGCAACGGCAAGAAUGGCACGUCCAACGGCAGGAUCACCCACAGCUUCAAGCUGAAGAGUGCCUACGAAAACGGCCUGAUGCCUUACACCAACUACACCUUCGACUUCAAGGGCAUCAUUGACUACAUCUUCUACUCUCAGCCUACGCUCAAUGUGUUGGGGGUUCUGGGUCCUCUGGAUCCUCACUGGCUCCAUGAGAACAAUAUCAGCGGCUGUCCCCACCCCCACAUCCCCUCAGAUCACUUCUCCCUGUUUGCACAACUGGAGCUGCUCCUCUCCUACCCGUCAUCAGUCAACGGAAUCCACCUGCCAGGGCGCAGGUAGUUCUCCGAGCCACAAGAGGGAGCUGUUGCUCCAACCUCGUUCUAUUUUUCCUGCAAAGUCGACAAACACAUUCUGUAUCAAUCAAAAUACAAUAAUAGGAGUGGGAUAUGGCCAGCAUUUUUCCCCCAUGGAUUUUAACUGAAGCAAAAGUUCACGACGAUCUCAACAAUACGUCUUUAUCACAUUUUCUGGGCACAAUUUAAUGUUGUAUAUUUUUUUCACACCGUAUCCCACGUAGCAGUCCUGGGUGUUUCGUUUUUACGUAACCUGCAGAUAAAUUGUUGAAUUGUGUGGCAAUACCAUCAGGCCCACAGGGAGUGCAUGCAUCUGUAGAGUAUUUUCCCACCUCUUAUCACCAGUGAGAGAUUCUGUUACGGGGGGAUUCUUCAUGUCAAAAGCAUGAGCUGGUGUACACACAAAGUUAGAGCUGCUGACUAACGGCGAGUAAACUGUAGGCUAUAAAAAUAGUUUCACACUAUAUUAAGGGUAAUUGAUUGUGUAAACCAACGUUUUGUUGUCGGUACCACAGUGCCGAAAUGUUGGUUUACCCAAUAAAUUACUGGGAGUGUGUGUGCGUAUAUACACACACACAUAUAUGUAUGUGUGGCUCUCUUUAUAUCCUAUAGGGAUUGUUCAUGUCACCACAGUCCAAUCAGAGCGAGCGGCAAAAUCUCAAGACGCCACCAAUCAACUAGAUAAACCCAAAGGCCGAUAUACCAGCUUUAACCAGAGUCAGUCUCAGCCGUUCCAAAUCCAUUCCCUCGCAUUGCCGUAUCUUGCCAUAAAGAGUGUAGUAGGUUUGGAGGUGCUGGAGAGAGCAGGCCAAAUGUUGCACUUUUGCACUCGCUGGUUCUGAGACCACCUCUCCAGGUGCUAAAAGCCUGUCCUCUAGCUCAGCGGCUCCAUUUUAUACUGAGUGGUGCAAUCGCUCUGUGCAGCUAAAGCACAAAGGCAUUUUCAAACCUCCUCUUUGAAAGACUACUGUAAAAUGUCUAUUUCAGUGUAUGAUGCUAGGGUGAUAAUACGUGUAACUUAUCUAGACUCAUACCAUUAACACCUUGGACUGGUUCUGUUUUUUAUGGCCUAAUCACAAAUCUGAACAUCAUCGCAAAAUUAAGCGACUGCCUUUUUAAUAUUGCAAUGCAAUUUUACCUUAGUCACGUGCCAUAGAGCCAUUUUGAAUCUAGCAUCAGAUAUUAAAAUGUUACAAAGAAAGGGAAAAUGGUCACGGUCAGUCUGACUUGGCAGCUUCCAAACAGGUUGUCUUAUGCCAGAGACCCCAUCUCUGACCCCAUAGCUGUUUAGCCAAAUGGAAAUGACCAGGGGCCAACUUGCUUUAAAUCACAAAUGGUUUAAAGCAGGGUUUUCAUCUCCCCCCCCAAAAAAAAACCAUGCUCCGACAGACAGAUCUGUGGUGCUGUCUUUUAGGCCAGUAGCAAACCUUCCAUUACAAAGACAUCCACUCUUCAAUCCAGGGUUAUUCCUCUCCAUUACUAAUAGCUAUUUGUUUGAUACAGGAACUUGGGCUAAAAUUGAUUGUAUAUGAACUGCAGAAGUCCUAAUACACUGCAUUAUUUUGUACCUGUAAGUAUGGUCAGAUUUGGAGAAAAUGAUUGUAUUGUAAAUUAAGGCUAAAUUUGUAUCCAUUUUAAUUGUUUAAAGUUAACAAAAUGUAAAAGACCAGCUUGUACAAAAAAACGAAACAAUAGAGGUUUUCAGGUUUCCGCCGUUGCAAGUUGCACUUGACCAGGUUACAUUUUCCCGAUUUAACCACUUUUUUAAAUUGAAUGCAUUUCAGAGGCAGGUUUCUGGCUAUUUUCUCACAUCUGUCUUUGGAAUUUGCAGUAAAACAUAAAACGUGCCUCCCUGAUUCUGUUCUCUAAUGCACUGCCAGUGCUAUCAGUGAACACCUGAACAGCUUCCUAUUUUUCUCAAAUUGAAAACACUGUUAGAAGCUUUUUUUUUUUUUGUAUUAGCUAUCAAAAACAUAUUAUUUCCUUGUCUCACUUAGUUAAUAUUUUAGAGUAAUCGGGUAAAGUGGCUGUUUUUGCUGGGCUUUUUUUUCUUCCAGCUUAAACUAUAAGCCGCUCUUGUCUCUUAACGUGUUUAGAUCGGUUUUAUCAUGUCUUUUGUUUUGUCUUUUCGAGGAACCCGAUCAUGCAGAGGUCCAUACUUGGAAGCCUCCCCCUCUUCCUCAGUCUAGUGUAAAAUAGUUGUAUCUAGAGCCACUGUCUCCAACUCAGGCAAUUCUCUUUAAAUUUUGUUUCAUUUUUGAGGUGUUUUCGUAUGUCUACUGCUAGACCACAGUGAUAUAUUAUAUUGUCUCUAGUGCCAUUUGAUGCAUUCUACUUCAAGGCCAAUUGUUAAGUCCACUUAUAUACUGUACAGGAAAAUAUCAAGGUAAAAAAUAAACUAAAGGGGGCAUAAAAGGUUAUUCAUAAAUAUUGCUCUGAGCUUGUUUUGAGCCAGCGCUAUGGCGUGGCCCAGCUUGUUUCCAAACCAGUGGCACUGUAAGAUCAGCUACAUGAAAAAAUAUGAUCUGUUUUAAAUUAUUGAUAUUUUCUCUUAAGACCAAUUUGUGUGUUUUGUUGUGCUCUCCUGAAUUCAGUUUUUUUUAUUCAAUGGAUUGACAAGCACUUAUUGUAGAUCACUAGUGCAGCUACUCAUGUGGCUUUUUUUAAAAUUAUACUUUUGCUGUUUUGCAAAAGCACAUUUUUUUUAAUGAAUUUUACCAAGCAGGAGGAAAACGGUGGAAAGGGUUCCGUCUUGGUCCUUUUGUUGUCCCUUUCAAUUUUCCGCCAUCCUUUUUUGUUUUUCAUCAAAAUCAAUGUAUCUGGUUAAUUAUAUUAGAUUGCUGAUGGUGUUGUAGCGAAAAGAGAUUUUUUGUAAAUUGUGAAUAAAUUGUAUCACGUUUCCUUUCAUCAAUUGUUUGUGUAUCAUGACAAAUGUAUGAUUGGUUUGUCUGUCUUUGCUCAGUUUUUCUUUUGUAAUUCUCAAACCAAAUUUAUUUUUGUGAUAAUGUUGGGACACUGAAUUAUAGAUUUAUAUGGUUGCUAACUUUUGAUUUAAGAGAACAUGAUUUGAACAGUAUUUUAAACAAUUGACAAACAUCCUAGAGAAAACAAAGUCACAGAUAAAGAUUUGUCAUUGUCACCAAAUGAUAUUCUCCAACUUUUACCUUUUAGCUUUAUAGAACCUUGUUAUCGGAUGUGGGUUCUGGUUAGGUAGGGGAUGUCGGGUAGUAGCCAAUGUUGAAGAGAUGGCUGGUGUAAAAGAGUCUUUGCUUGUAGAUGUGCAGCAUUUUGAGGGCCUACUGAUUUAGCCAACAUUUUAUGACCAUUUGACCCAUACAUUAUUCCCCUGCUGUUUGAUCUGUUGGCAGACCUUAGACUAGAGGGUGGGAAUGGAGGUGUUUGGCCGGCACUAGUCACGGCCUAGUUUAUUAACAUAAUUUAGGCCCAACUAAUCCCUGGCACUGUAGGUAUCUUGCCUUCACCUCUGUUACGUUUGAUAACUGGUGCAUCUAUGUCCACCACAGUCCUAGUUCAUAGGCAAAAUAUGACUUUGAUGUGACUGUCAGAUAAUUGGCACUCAGUCUUUAUGUAUAGUUUACCCAAACUUGGCAAUAAUAAUUAAAACAUUCUACUUUUUUGAAUUUCUUGUUUUGUAAUGCUUUGGCGGAAUUUACAAUUACCUGUCUUUUCCAUUUGAAUCUGUCUCCUUUUCAUGGACCUUUCUCAAUCUGUUUACUGUUUUCUCUUAAGUAGAAGUAGUAAUGCAAUGGUUAGGUUUGUGGCCAGCUGAAAGUUAAGUGUAUAGAGGUAAUGUGUCACUAUGUAAUGCACUGGACCAACUCUUGUUUACCAGUUAUGGAAUACCAGCAACACACUUGCACAAUGUUCUAAAGAGUUAUGUAUUUGAAAAAAAAUAUAGAUAUAUAAAACAUGGCAGCUGUUUUUAAUGUAAUAUUAGGACAUGUACAGCAACCUAAUGGUAAACCAUGGUCUUCAUUAUUUCACUGUUAUCCUCUAGUCUUGGUUCUCUUGAGUAGUUGUGUUUAUACCAGGGUCAGCUUGUUUCCUUUACACCUCUGUAUUUUUUCCUACUUCUGGUUGACUAUAAAAUUCUAUAUCUGUU